UUGCAAAUGCUAAUGGUGGUAACGGUGUUGGUGUCGGUGGAGGUGGUAUUACCAAUGGUGGUGGUAUUGUUGCUGGUAGUACAGGUAUUGGAGGCGCUGGUGUAGGUCAGGGUGGUAAUGGUGGUACCAUUGGACAGACUGCAUCAAAUUUCAAUUGGUGA